AUUGUUGUGAUAAACUUAUUAAAUAGACACUAAUGCCUCAUAGUAGUCAACUGCCAAUUUUCUCCGCGAAGGAUGAGCUUCUGAAGUACUUUUCAAAGUCCCCAACAUGUGUAGUGAUCGGAGAAACUGCAAGUGGAAAAACAACUCGUAUUCCCGAGUUUCUCUACGAAGCGGGAAUCGGAUCUAGUGGCUGUAUUUUAUGCACACAGCCUAGGAGAGUCGCAGCAAUCACUGUGGCAACUUUUAUGGCUGGGGAACUACAGACCAAAUUGGGCGAGCUAGUUGGCUACUCAGUCCGUUUCGAAGAUGUCACAAGUCAGCAUACGAAAAUCAAAUACGCGACUGAUGGUAUUAUUCUGCGUGAGGCAAUGUCAGACCCUUUACUUAAACGAUAUUCAGUCAUAAUCAUCGACGAGGCUCAUGAGCGUUCUCUUCAAACCGAUAUUUUAUUAGGCGUUGUUAAAAAAGCACAACAAAAGCGGAAAUCAUUUGGCUACAGUUCAAGCAUGGUACUGAAGGUAAUAGUGAUGUCAGCUACGUUAUCGGUCGAUCUUUUUUCUUCAUAUUUUGACGAGGCGCCUAUUUUAUACGUUCACGGCAGAUUGCAUCCGGUAACUACGUAUAACAUUUCUGAAGAAGAGGCCAAAGUUGAACAGGACUAUCUUUGGAGGACGAUGGUGGCAGUCGUGCAAGUUCACAGAGCUAAUCCGAACGAUGGAGAUAUUUUGGUGUUCUUGACCGGCGAGGAGGAAAUCGAAAGUGCCGUGCGAACGUUGCGAGAAGUAUCGAAGAGCCUUCAGAACGAGUUGAACUGCAAUGGUCUGCAAGCCGUGCCUCUAUAUUCGGCCCUGUCUCCAGAAGCUCAAAUGUUGGCAUUCAGACAAAAAGACAAACGAGAGCUGGACAAGGGCUUGAGAAGAGUGGUCUUAAGUACAAAUAUUGCGGAAACAUCUGUGACUAUUCCCAAUAUCAAGUAUGUGGUUGACAGUGGAAAGGUUAAACAGAAGUGUUUUAAUCCAAAAACAGGAGUGGAAUAUCUUCAGGUGAAUAACGAGUCAAAAGCACAGGCAAAACAACGUUCAGGCAGAGCCGGACGACUUGGCCCUGGAGAGUGUUAUUAUUUGUUUUCUAAAGAGAAAUUUGACAAGGAGUUCAAAGAAACGACAGAGGCUGAAAUACUGAAAUCGAACCUUGAAAGUGUAGUUUUGUUGAUGAUUUCAUUGGGAAUAUCCAAUGUUCUUGAGUUUGACUUCAUUGAAAGACCGCCAAAUGAUUCUGUGAAAGCGGCUCUGAAAUUGCUAGUUGAGUUGGAGGCGAUUUGUGAGAAAACGAGCGAUGGUAAAAUCGGAAGCGACAUUGGAUUCCAAUUGACUAAGUUAGGAAAAGUUAUCAGCAAGUUCCCACUGAGACCUGAAUACGCUUUGACGUUAGUGUUUGGUAACGAAGACGGAUGUUUGGACGAUAUGUUAUCGAUUGUGAGCAUGCUUUCGGUUGAGAAUUUGUUCAAUAGAAGAGCGGCUCAACAGGCUGUUCAUUCAAGGUUUAAUUUGGAAUCUGAAGAAGGCGAGGCGACUGAAGCGGUUAAAUGUUGGUCUAAAUUCAAGCAUGGCAGUGGUGAUUUGAUUGGUCUGCUGCUGAUGUUCAGAUAUGUGAAUCAAAACGAAAAGAAAAUGAGUCUUCAAAAAGUGUGCUGGGAGAAUUUUUUGAACCCGAAGAGUAUCAAACAAGCAAUGCUGAUUAGAGCACAGCUCGCAAAGAUUUGUCUAUCUUUGGGUUGGAAACUAACGAGUAGUGGAUCUGGCUUCGAGAAAGUCAGACUGUGUCUCUACAAAGCCUUCAGACAACGCCUCGCGCUCCUGGGAGGCGAGAAGAAGUACUACAACAGUGCUGGCCACGUGCAAGUGGAUAUCCACCCCUCAUCUGUUUUGCAUAAGAAGCUCCCGUCGGCUGUGAUUUACAAUGAGCUGGUACAGACCACUAAAACCUACAUGAGAGGCGUCUCAAUUGUGAACGAAGAUUGGAUAGUUGAUGUGCACCAAUAAAAAUUUGUGUGCUGAUUAAUGUUUAUAAAUUGUUAGUUUAAAUAAUUGAGAUUUGUUUUCAGAAUUGUUUACGCAAGCGCUAUCAAACCGAAAUAUAGACUUUUUUUGGGUUAAUAAAUUAUCUAACAGA